AUGUUAAAGAAAACCUCACCAUGGAGACUUUUUAUUGAUACUGCUAUACAUGGAACAAUAGGAACAAUUGGAGAUGUUUUAUGUAUCAAUAUUGGCAUUUACUCAACACUAAUGCUUCAAUUCUUUCAAGAUUCAAUUAACUAUCAAUAUGGUGAGAAAUCUUCAUCUUUCACUAAUACUGCAUUCUCAUUAUUCUCCGCCUCUGAUAUUUUGGGAAAUUUUUUUAUUGGAAGUAUUUAUGUUUACUUAAUAAGAUGGUUUGGUUCAAUGAAUACAUGGGUAAAAUUAAGACAUACAAUUGUUCAAAUAAGUUGUAUUUUAAUGAUACUUGCAAAAAUAUUAAAUCUUUUUCAAUUAGCAAUUCUUUCUCGUUUUCUUCUUGGUGGAUCUAUGUUUUUUUCUAUUACAGAAAAUAUAUUUUUAGCAGAAUGUGCUGGUGAAAAGUAUAAAGAUACUGUUAUUCUUAAUUUAAUAACAUAUUAUACAGUUAUGGGAAUGGUAUUAACACCAUUAGCACAUGAAAAUAUAUUUGGUAAUCCUAAUAGAUGGAUGUAUUUAUAUAUACUUUCUUCUAUAGUAUCAUUUAUUUAUUUACUUUAUACACUAAAAAUAUAUGAAUCACCUAAAGAAUUAUAUAUUAAUAUUAAAAAUAAAAAUGAAGCAAGAAAAUCAUUAAAAUAUUAUUUAGGAAAUAAUGUUAAUAUUGAAAAGACAUUUAAUGAUUAUGAAGAGGAAAUUAAAAUAAAAAAUACUAUCCAUAGAAUGACAAUAUGGGAAAUUUGUAAAGACCAAAAAUUAAGAAAAAUUAUGUUUUUGUUAUUAGGAGUAACUGCAGUGACGUCAAUAUCGUUUUAUAUUCUUGUUAGACCAUAUCUACAAAUUAUUUAUAUGAAAUAUGGUGCUUCUAUAAGUACAAGUACAUGGCUUCAUAUGUCCUUUCAAAUUAUUGGUAUAACAGCAUCACUUGGUGCUCCAUGGAUUUUUAAACAUGUUUCUCAUAAAAAGAUGUUAACUUUUUAUGUUUUUGUUAUUGUUAUUACUUUUUCAUGUAUUUUAAUUGCAGCAUUGUUGAUGGAUCGUGCUUCUAUUGGACUUGGUAGAGCAGCUAUUGGAACUAUUUUAUUAACAGAUAUGACACCUAUUCAGGCAAAAGAUGGAAUGGGACAAGUUACAACGAUUUUUUUCAAUUUAUUAUUGUGUUUUCAACAUUUUACAUAUCUUCCAUUUAUUAAUUUAAUAGGUAAUUAUCUAUAUGUAAUUUAUGGAAUCAUUGUUAUAUUCAUAUAUAUAAUUUUAAUGAUAUGUCUUCCAUCAGAUAAAGACAAAAAAUCAAAAAUUCAUGAAGUAAGAGAAGAAUCACUUGGAAUGUUAAAUUAA